CACACAUCAUGGCCGCCUCCUGAGUGCAACGAGAAAAUGUCAUAACGACGAGCAUCACUGUUUUACUGUUUAGUGGCUAACAUAUUCAUUUUGAGCAGCUAUUUUAUAUCUUGUAAAAUGUUUAACACAACAAUGCAGAGAAUCAGAAUAUCAGCUUCUACAGUAACUCAAAUCUGCAAAUCCAAAGACUGCCUCGGUGUCCUCAUCAUGAUUCCUCAUGGACGUCGAUGUUUGUCCUCCAGCUCUUGUUUAUAUGGGAAGGUUUUUCCGCGACAAAAGCCUCGCGUGGUCCCUGAGAUAGCGGGACUGGAGCCUGUCACCUACGCCGACAGGAUGCACUUCGUCCCCGGACUGGCAAAGCCGAGGUUUCCUAAAUGGGAACGAGGAUGGAAAAAUCCCAAUCACUACGAGAGCCCGAAACCAGAAGAGAUGAAGCUGUUUAAAGAUAAACCCUGCUACAUCUUCAAUCAGAGGACCAGUGUGGUGGAAGGUGUUCGACAAGCCCUUUGGCUCAGUAAGUCAGCCGUCAUUAAAGAGUUUCCUGCUCAGAUUCUUUCACUGGCUGAAGAUCCAGCCAAUCAGAUUGAAGAUCAGGACGAGAGAGUGCAGAACGCCAUUAAAAGCGCUUUACUGUGGGACACAACAGACGACCAGCCUCCCAGAGAGAGGUACUGCCCCAUGCUUGUGCAUAGACUGCUUCAUCUGUGUGGAGUCCUGCAGGUCCGCCAUCCGGAGCUGGCCAAGAGGAUGCUAGCUGAGAAAUACAAUUUGGCAGCGACCUGGAGGAGAGGCGAGGAUGUGUUCCAGGUUAGAGGUCAUAACGGGUUGCUGUUAAACUCUAUGAACCCUUUACCUGUGCUGGCGGGACCUGAGCAGAUCCAGGGCACCGCUGAUCAAGAGCUGGAAACUUUCUUCCCCAUCGCACCCACCAUUGACCUGCAGUGCACAAAUGUUUACCAGGAGAAGAGCACCACAGGUUUCAGAGAGGGUUAUCCUUGCCCUCAUGCCCACACUCUUUAUGUGAUGGAAAUGGGAAACACCCCAAAACUUCUCCCCGAGCAGCUCCGUGCUAAGAUGAUCAUGUUCUGCUUUGGAAAUGCUCUGGUCAGAGCAAAAGCCCUGUAUGGGGACGAGCCCAGAGUUCUGGAGAAGCCCAUUGUGGUUCAGAGUGUGGCCACAAACGGCCGUAUCUUCCAGUUUGUGGUGUUUCAGCUCAACACGACGGAGCUGCAGUCGGACAGCGGAGUGAAGAAUCUGGUGUGGGUGGACGAGGAUAAACCGCUUUAUGAACACGCCCAGGCCCGGGCUCACAUCAAGAGGAGAGUCGUCAAGAUUCCUGCUGGUUUGUCAGGAUAUCAGCCUGAGACCUUCAAGAAGUUUCUGGCUCUCUUUCUCCACGGUGCUACAUGAACAGAACAAACCCCUCUGGCAGAAUAUCACCAUCACUUCAAUAUCUCUGACUCGCAAAAUAAAGAAAAUUGUGGAUAAAA